AGAACCAAACGCCCUGCGUCUCGUGGUCUCUCUCUCUCUCUCUCUCUCUUUAUACUAGGCUCUCUCUAGAGUCUAGACCAGACUCUCUCUCACUAUCCGUAUCAGUCAUCAAAACUUCACCACCCCACAGCGCAUUUUAACAAGAAGCUCAGCGAGACUUUUCUGCAAGUGGUUUUUUACUUUGUAGUGCUUCGAAAUUGAACUAAUAUUGGAAUUCAAAUAGGAAAUUUUCCAAAAAGCGUGCUGGAGAUACAAAAUAAAGGUUAAAGGAGUGAAGAUCCGUUAAGAUUCUUGGUAUCGCUAGUUAGUUGGCUUCGAUCAUCAUCAUCAUCAUCCCGUGCCUUUCCGUUCAUGUAUAUAUAUAUACCCUUGACCCUCCUUCUCUCCCCAGCUCUCCCCACUGUUGACUGUCCCCCAUUCUCUCUCUCUCUCUAUUCAUUUGUUGGCGCGAAAGUAAUGAAAGUUGAGAAGGUCGGGAAAGAGAUGUGUAGAGCGAAUGAGGUUGCAGUGGAUGAGGAGCUGGAGCUAAUCCCUGAGUCUGAAAUUUCGCCCACCGUUGCAGAGAUUGAUAGAGAUGGAGAAGAUAUGUUUGUUCCGCCUCUUAACUUCGCUAUGGUCGAUAAUGGCGUCUUCAGGUCUGGUUUCCCCGAUACGGCCAACUUCUCCUUCUUACAGACCCUUGGCCUUCGUUCUAUCAUAUGUCUUUGCCCCGAGCCUUAUCCGGAUCCCAACACCGAGUUUCUUAAGUCGAACGGGAUAAGGCUUUUCCAGUUCGGGAUCGAAGGAUACAAGGAACCUUUUGUAAACAUACCAGAGGAUAUGAUCCGCGAAGCACUCAAAGUUGUCCUUGAUGUUAGGAACCACCCACUUUUAAUACAUUGCAAGCGGGGGAAGCACCGGACUGGUUGUCUGGUAGGGUGCUUAAGAAAAUUGCAACGAUGGUGCCUGUCUUCAGUCUUUGAUGAGUACCAACGAUAUGCGGCUGCCAAAGCUAGGGUUUCAGAUCAAAGGUUCAUGGAGUUGUUUGAUGUUUCCAGCUUGAAGCACCUGCCUUCGACAUUCUCGUGUUCCACUCAAAGAGGUAACAACAAGCUUCUUAAUCGGAAAGCUUUAGUUCCGAGGGAGGAGGAUGGAAACCUAACCCAAAAUAUUAAUGGGUGAUGGUGAUCUCAAAUUUGGUUUGGCAGGUUAAUGAAUAAGAAAUAAGAAGCAUCGCUGUGCAUGCUUGUUCCCCAUUUGUAGCCCUCCUCCCCCAGAGGUAAGGAGUGGUUGUAAGCAAUCUAUUGGGACAUUGUUGUAGAGCAUUAUUUUCUGCUCUGUAUCAUGUUUAGCUGGAUUUAUGUUGGUUUAAUCCUCCUUUCUUGUAAUCCUAAUGUGAUUUUUGUUCCA